AUGCUGUUGCAACAGGCGAUCGAUAAACGGGCCAGGGAACUACAAGCAAAACGAGAUAUCGAGCUGGCAGAUAAGCUUCGAAAUAUUAGCCGCUCGUUUCAGGAGGAGAACGACAUCCUAGUCCACAAUCUAUCCUCCAAAGAGCUGACUCCUAAACAACUAAAAGUGCUGAGUCACGAGGCCUGCUUCAAUACCACAGACGCCGAUCCGGUCAACCUCGUGGCAACAGUGGAAUCAAUUCUAAAACAACCCGAAGAAUCCGACGAAACAAAACAUCUCCUUUGGCAGCAGGUUACCGCCUUGGUGAUGGUACACAAACCACGCACAAUUAUCACCAGAGCGGAACAGGAUGCUCUCAAGAAACUGAAGGUCGACACGAGCAUUGUGAUACUGCCAGCAGACAAAGGGCGUUCUACAGUUGUCUUGGGCAAGACCGACUACAGUCAGAAGGCUAACAACCUGCUGGAUGAUCGACAGGCCUACCUCUGA